AUGGAUGCGUCAAGAAGAUCAAGAUUACAAGAGAUGCUAAUUGUUCAAGAAGAGGAGAUAUUACAUAUAAGAGUGAAGCCGGGAUGGAAAAAGGGAACGAAAAUCACCUUCAAAGGGAAGGGAGACCAGAAACCGGGCACCCUCCCGGCUGAUAUAGCCUUUGUAAUGGACGAAAAAAGACACCCAGUGUACAAGAGACUAGGCGAUGAUUUGGAGCUUGGAGUUGAAAUUCCUUUACCGGGAUGGAAAAAGGGAACGAAAAUCACCUUCAAAGGGAAGGGAGACCAGAAACCGGGCACCCUCCAGGCUGAUAUAGCCUUUGUAAUCGACGAAAAAAGACACCCAGUGUACAAGAGACUAGGCAAUGAUUUGGAGCUUGGAGUUGAAAUUCCUUUAGUUCAAGCUCUCACAUGUUGCACCAUAACUAUCCCUCUACUAGGAGGUGAGAAGAUGACUCUGUCAUUCGACGACAUCCUAUACCAAGGGUGUGAGAAGAUUAUUCCUGGACAAGGCAUGCCUAAACCCAAUGAAGAAGGAAGGAGAGGUGACCUUCAAGUCAAAUUUCUCAUCAAGUUUCCGGAUGAAUUAAGUCAAGUUCAACGCUCUGAGAUUGUUGGUAUUCUACGAGAUUGUUCUUGA